CCGUCCCUCUGAGGUAAAGCCCUCUGACCGGUGCCGCGGGGCGGAGCUUCGCACGCUCGGGUGCCCCCAGCUGGGAAAAGCAGGCGUGCUUUCUGGGUGAGGCAACCGUGAGUUGGCAUCUGAUCUGUAAAUACCUGCUGAACGGUGCUACGGGACUAACCUGAAAGGAUCUCCCCUGCAGCGUUUGCACCGGGCGCGGUUGGGCGGCUCCCUGGUUCUCCCUUCUGCCCGCUCCCGGCCCACCCCGCUCCCUUCUGUCGGAGACAGCCGCAGCUUUGCUCCCUGUUCCCGUCCCUGGGGCUGGCUGCCCUAUCGCUCUCUAGCCCCUGGCUGCUGGUGUCUCUGGUGAAACUUGUUAUCACCCUUGUGAGAUGUUAAAAGGAAGUUCCCUGCUGGAAAGCGUGUGCCUCCGUGGCGCCCGGUGGUGCCGACGUCCGUAGCUUCCUACCCCGGUGCGUUCGGGCACGAUGCCUUUCCCGGCUUUGCUGUUGCUUUCCUGGGCAAAACAACCCACGAUGCCUCCACGGUACCAAGAUGAUCUGUUGUUCAUGAUGCAGUCAAUGACUUAAGCUUGCUAGACAUUAGAAAUGCCUCACAGAAGCUCAAAUCCAGGAAAAGAAUGAUGAUCAGAAGCCUAAGUAGGAGCCAAGUUGAAACAUGAGCCGGGGCGGUCGCUGUUGAGGAAACGAAAUCGGAGCGGUGCCAUUCAGCCGCUUUGCACUUCCCUGCCGCACCGUACGGUACCGUGCCGGCUGCCGAUGCCUCUGGGGAUCCCGGGACGUCUGCCGCGGCCCGGAGAACCUUUUUGAUACUGUGUCAAAAUGGAACGUGAGUGCAUGGGGAAGAUCAACAAUUACUGUCAAAAGCGGAACCUUAACCCGUUUUAUAUGGAUAUUGAGAAGACAGGCCCACCUCAUAAUCCUAAAUUCACAGUUGCACUUAAUAUAAAUGGAGAAGAAUAUGGUAGAGGCACUGGUAAAUCUAAGAAGGAAGCAAGAGCAGUAGCAGCAAAAGAAGCAUGGGAAAAGAUUGAGAAACAGUUAGAGAAUCCUUCAAAUGUGGAAGCUGUAGAAUUAAUGAAAAGUCCAGUGAUAUUACCUGUAACACGCAGCAACUAUAUUGGCACUCUGAAUAGAUACUCACAAAAGACAUUGCAACUACUCGAUUUUCCUGACCGGGAACGAAUUGGAGAUGACCAUGCUCCCAUGUUUUCUUGUAGGUGUACCAUUAGUGGUGUUGUAUAUGGAACUGGCACUGGACCUUCUCUUGCUGCUGCAAAACAAGCUGCUGCAAAACAAGCGUGUGAGAAGCUAAUUGAGGAAGGCUGUCUAACAAUGGAAAGUGAAGAAUCUAACACCAGUUCUAGCCAAGUGCCAACUGAGUCUGACUCAGACAGUGUUUGUUUCAAAGACACAGCUACACAGCUGGAAGAAAAAAUGAAAGAGAUGGCAAUAUGUAAAGAGCCUUCAUCUUCUCAGAGAAAUGCACGAAGUUGUGCCCUGAAACCCAACAGAAAACUGGCAGCUAAUUUUGAUAAUGCAAAAAAAAAGGAAGGGGAAAAAAAAAAGUCACAUUCAGAUGAAAAUCUGCCUGAUUUGGACAAAAAUACCAGUGAGGUGAAUGGAAGUUCAUACACCAUGGAUGAAACGUUUCUUAAGAAUUUUAAAAAUAUAGAGCUUAUUGGUGAAGGUGGUUUUGGGAAUGUUUUCAAAGCCACAGCAAAGCUUGAUGGAUUGACCUAUGCAGUCAAACGAGUUCCUCUCAAAAGGAAUGUAAAUCGUGAAGUAGAACAACUUGCAAGACUUAAGCAUGAGAACAUAGUGCAGUAUCACUGGAGCUGGGAAGGGAAAGACUGUGUUACUUACUCAGGCUCAAGGAAGGAGUCAGGAGUUUUUCUUUUCAUCACAAUGGAAUUUUGUGAAAAAGGGACUUUGGAGAACUGGAUUAAAAAGAAUAGAGAAGACAAGAAGUAUCAUGAGAUGGCACAAAACAAAUUUUUACAAAUAUUGGAAGGAGUGAAAUAUAUACAUUCUAAAGGGUUAAUGCAUCGAGACCUGAAGCCUCAGAAUAUAUUCAUAUCACGUGAAGAUAAAAUAAAAAUAGGUGACUUUGGUCUUGUGACUUCUGUGGAGAAUGAGACUGUGACAGAGAACAUAGGAACAAAGCCAUAUAUGGCACCAGAACAGGUCGGGGACAGCUAUGGAAAAGCAGUCGAUAUUUAUGCACUGGGAUUAAUUUGGUUUGAAAUUCUUUCAGCAUUCAGCUCUCACCAUGAGAGAAAUAGGAUAUGGCACAAAGUCAGAGAAGGUGAACUUCCACGUAGCUUCUCUGAGCAAUUCUUAACAGAGGCAUCCAUAAUAAAAAAGAUGCUUUCAAAAGAGCCUUCAGGAAGACUAUCUGUAUCAGAAAUAGUGAAGUUUGCUCAUAAAGAUGACUUACAUAAAAGGCAUACUCAGUAACUGCUCUUUUAAAGGGCUUUCACAUUGUGUUUAAAUCCAGAGUCUGAUAUAUACUGAAACUGAUGAAAUAGCAGUAAACGCCAGAAACAACAGCAACACUUGGGAUAUGUCUUUUCCUUGGUGUUUUGCCUUCCAUUGAGGAGCUCAGCAGCCAAAAGGGUCACAUCACCAUUCACAACGAUCAGCUGCAGACCAACAGUGUAUUUCUCCAAGCCAUCACUUCCAAUUUAUACCUGGAAAUACAGGUUGUGGGUGACCUGAACUGUAUUGUACAGUAAGUGCAGGCACCUAGACCUUGUCUCCUAGCAGAUUAAGUUGAUGUGGUGCUAACUGCCUGUGGCAAAAGCAUACUCGUAACAUGUGCUACAUUUAUUAUCACUUGAGAAUAUCUAUUGCUUUCCAUGGAAGAUGUGCUGUAUUGUGGUAUGUGAAUCAACCCCUUCUGAUUUGUUCAGUGAUCUUUUUAAUAAUUAUUGGAAUGCUACCAAUAAUACCAAGGCUAAUUUUGGUAGGAAAGAUAAGAGAAAAAGGUGUGGGUUACUCUUAACCAAAUUUACGUGAAAGUUAAUGUAAUUAUCUCUACAUAUCUGUUGCACCCCUAGAACUUUCAAUAAUCUAGAAUUUAAAAAUAAAUGCUUCUGAAGUAAGCUUUCAGUGAGAAUGUAAAUGUUAAGCAUUCCACUUUUAGGAAAUGUAGUUUAGAUUUGCUAUAAACCUUUGAAAAACUUGUGUUUUGAGGUGUGUUUGUUGGUUUUUUUUUCUGAAAGGAACACUGAAGAUGCUCUUGAUGUAGGAAAAUUCUCCCAUUUCCUCAGUAGAAAUAAUUUUAAAUCCUGUUCUGAGAAAGCACCUUAAACAUUCUCUCCCAUACUGGGAGGUUUUAAUCCCUUCUUGUGAUACUGAGGCACCCCUACCCUGUAACAAGUGUGGAAUAUCUCUGAAGGUCUUUUGGUGUCAGCCCCACAAAAGGUAACAGCAGUUUGCCAGUUACUCUUAAGUUACAUAGUUCAGACUUGCCUGGACUGGAAGAACUGUGUGUAUGGUGGUGGGGAGUAGGGAUAAAAAACAGGCACAUUAAUCCUUCAGAUUGUUGUCUUUGAGCUGUAUCUUGUCAAACUAUUCAUUACUGUGGAGCUCACGUACCUCCAGAAAGGCAAAUGAACAGGGGAUUUUUAAGCAAAGAAGUAAGUACUGUGUGUAGUCAAGUAGUGUAUGAUUUAUCUGAAAUGUUAAAUGGGUUAAAAGUGAGUGCGUGGUUAGAACAAAUAAUAUAAAUGAAUGCAUAGUAAUUUUUAUAGAUUUGGGGGAAUCACUGACGAUCUGCUAUGAGUAUUUGUUGCUAAACAAGAAUAUGAUUUUAAAUCUU